CACCCCUUCGUCUAUCACCCCCCGUCUUUCAACUUUCUUCUUCUUCUGCCUUUCAUUGACCAUCUCAAUUGACUCCAGAGCAAUCUGCUGGACCGUGAUCAUGGCUGCUGCUUCCGAAAGCCCCGUCUAUCGAGCCACCACGACGGCCCCCGUCAACAUCGCUGUCAUCAAAUACUGGGGCAAGCGUGAUGCCGUUCUCAACCUGCCCACCAACUCCUCCCUCUCCGUGACGCUCUCCCAACGCUCGCUGCGCACCCUUACCACUGCCUCCUGCUCCGCCAUCUAUCCUAAUCAGGACGAGCUGAUCCUUAACGGCAAGCCGCAGGACAUUCAGUCCUCGAAGCGUACCCUUGCCUGUCUUUCCAGCCUCCGCGCUCACCGGAAGGAGGUCGAAGCUGCCGAUUCCUCUCUUCCAAAGCUCUCUGCCCUCCCCCUCCGCAUCGUCUCCGAGAACAACUUCCCCACCGCUGCCGGCCUCGCCAGUUCGGCUGCCGGUUUCGCAGCCCUCGUUCGGGCUGUGGCCGACCUCUACCAGCUCCCCCAAUCCCCCCGUGACCUCAGUCGCAUUGCCCGUCAAGGCUCUGGCUCCGCUUGUCGGUCUCUGAUGGGCGGCUACGUCGCCUGGCGCGCCGGCUCCCUCGAGGACGGCAGCGACAGUCUGGCCGAGGAGGUCGCUUCCGCGGCGCACUGGCCUGAGAUGCGCGCCAUUGUCCUUGUCGUUAGCGCUGAGAAGAAGGACGUCCCCAGCACGGAGGGUAUGCAGACGACCGUCGCCACGUCGAACCUGUUCGCGACCCGGGCGAACACCGUAGUCCCCGAGCGCAUGGCUGCGAUCGAGACCGCGAUCCAGAACCGGGACUUCCCCGCCUUUGCUGAGAUCACCAUGCGUGACUCCAACGGGUUCCACGCCACCUGUCUGGACUCCUGGCCCCCGAUCUUCUACAUGAACGACGUCUCGCGGGCUGCUGUCCGUCUUGUCCACGACAUCAACCGGGCCGUCGGCCGCACGGUCUGUGCUUACACAUUCGAUGCCGGUCCGAACGCCGUCAUCUACUACCUUGAGAAGGAGACCGAGCUCGUGGCCGGUACUAUCAAGGCCAUCCUCGGGGACAAGGCCGAGGGCUGGGAGGGGCCUUUCUACGAGAGUAUGAAGGACCUGAGUGCCCCCGGCGUUGCCCUGGAUAAGGUGGACGCGAGAGCUGUCGAUGUCCUUAAGGAUGGCGUUAGCCGCGUGAUCCUCACCGGUGUCGGUGAAGGACCCGUGAGUGUGAACGAUCACCUUGUUAGCGAGAAAGGCGAGGUCCUCUCUGCUUAAGGAGCUAUUCAUGCCAGAUUCAAGCGCUGCCGGGCAUCACCAAUCGUGCCACGAGUCGCCUUGAGAUGAAAAGAUACCCAUACCGAGCCCUCUGAUAUCUGACACUGGGGGAACUCGAUCGUAUUUCCAUGGAGCCUACAGUCUCAAUUUACAUCAUAUAGUAGCAUUAAUAAUAUCAUCUGACAUUUGAUUCGCUG